AUGCGUCCAGUUUUCUCUCAGAAGCCCGAGGCUGAUGGGAUUGCGGGACCUAUCGUGCUUGAGCAUGCGAAACACUUGGAGCCCUCUUGCACUCCAGGAAGCCUUCUUCGAAGCCCUUCACGCAGGGCGUCAUUCGUGUUCGAUACACGUAAAGGAAAAGAACCUGUACCAGAAGAUAUACUUCGGCUUCCUCCUCUGACGGUAUACAUGGAAUACGGUGAAUAUUCGGUCAUGAAGGCCAUGUAUAAUUCGUCGAUCGAGGCAGCUGUCAAAAGAAAACCAGACUCCUCAGCUGCAAAAAAGAAACGGCCCCCAAAGAUACUACCCGAUGCCUCUCACGGUACUUCUGAACCCUUCUACCUAGUGGACGGAAAGACUUCCUGGCCCACCACACCGCCCUCCCAGGGCACAAAAAGGCCACAGUAUCUCAGGAGGACCCUAGAUCAAUUCUACUAUCCAGCUUUGGACGAUACAAGUGCCCGGGAUGGAGAUCAAACUAUUUCGAAAUGGAGUGGAACGCCGUUGAAGCAUAAUGGCAGAGAUAAGGCUGUUCCUGACAGCGCUAUGAUUAUGGUUGAUCAAUUUUGGUGCUGGAUCAUCGACGAAAAGACUAUCAUAACGAGUUUCCCUGGUGGGGUUUUUAGUGCUUCUUUUACAGGCCUUCAAGACCUUUACUGGAGCAUCACGAAGAGUCUGUCUCAUGAUCCACAGCAAUUGAGAACGGUUAAGGAUAUGUAUUCACUGUUGGUCAAGGAAGCGGCGGGCUAUAUGUUCAAUCAGGUCAACAGAAGCUCAGUGGAUAUGAUCGAGAUCUACAGAUGGGUUACUAGCAAGAAGGCUGCUACUCAGACAACUUACUUCCAGGAAUUUCAACGGGGUUACGCCAGUAGCGGAAGGAAUGAAACUAUCGGAAAGGAUGACCCGAUCUUUAACAAUCGUAGCGAUCUCAAUCUUAUUCUAGAGGUUGCAGAUAUCAUUGAUGAACUCAAGUUACUCGAUCUGUCGGACCUCAAAUCUAAGGCAGCAAGUCUUGCAGAAGCUCAUGCAAGUCUUGAGGCAGCUCAGUCAAGCGCAAAAGAAGCCCAAGCAGCGAGUACUCAGGGCCGCGCUGUGAUGCUAUUCACGAUUAUCACUGUAGUCUUCCUCCCCUUGUCAUUCUUCACAUCGUACUUCGGCCAAAAUGUCAAAGAGCUCACCGGCGACGACGACAAUCCUUCUACUUGGCACUUGUGGCGCGUCGCAACCCCGAUCACUGUUGUGAUCAUCGUAGUGGCUUUGGUCGUUGCGUAUUACAUCACUCAACCGAGUAGUUCAUUGUGGACUCUGAUAGGGUCAACUAAAAAGGGGUCUCUCGAUGCAGAGAGAACGAAUUCUCCAGAGACGGCGCACGCCAAAUGGUGGAAGAAAAACCCAUUCUCAUUGCUGCAGCGUUUAAGGGAAUGGAAACACAAUAGACCGAAGGAACAAGACUUGGAAAAGAACGGAACAGAUUCGGCAAAAGUAGAUUCGACAGGAACAGACUCGGCAGGAACAGAUCCGGAAGAAAUAGAACUGGAAGAGACAUAUCCGGAAUUACCAGAUUCGGAUGAAUCAGAACCGGAAGGGUUGACAUCAUACGACUGGUCACCAUGGAUACGAACUCUGGUAACAGAAUCUGGGAGUGGAGACAAUUCAGAUCUCUAUGAUUAA